AUGGCAACAACGACAGACGGAGCUGCCAGUGCAGCUGUGGUGGCAGACUCGGCGGCCACUGGAGACGCUGGGAACAAGUUCCAGCAUGCCAUUUCUGCAUGGAGAACGGUCGACCUUACAACCCUCACAUCAAAUCUCGAUACUACGGCCUCAGAUAUCGUCACAUAUCAACGUGAUUCUACGGUGCAGCGCAAGGACCUGGCGCAGAAAACAAAAGAUUUCCGAAAACUUGACGAUGCCACAAAACUUACGGAGAUUAAAGGAUUGCUGAAAGCCUACCAAACGUUCAUCGAUCUCUUGACGAAUCACUCAAAGGCUGUCAACUCGGCUUUUCUACAAGCCUACUCGUCAAUAUCCGAGGCGCCCGACCCGUACCCGCUGCUCGAAGCCUCCGUAGAUGCUAUGCUAGUGUCGGAAGACACGGCGCCGAAACUCAGAGACGAAAACAAGCACCUCCAAGAAAAUGUUGCCAAACUUACCGCACAGCUUGAAGAGACCGAGACGAAGCUACAAUCUGAGCUCGCAGCGCGUAAAGACUUAGAGGGCAACCUAGACACAAAAGUCAAGGAUGUUGAAUUGUCCUGGAACGCUGUGCUGGGCGAGCGCAAAGACAACUGGGAGGCAAGAGAAAAGAGUCUGGAAGAGAAAGUGGAGAGCCAGGAGAGACUUCUGAAUGAGCUAAAAGCUACUUAUGAGACGAACCAGCGCCUUGGAAAAGCCGGCGACGACCAAGAGGGAAUGCGCAGCCAGGCCUCCAGAGCGGAGCUGGACAUGCUGCAUUCCGACUUGGAACGUACGAGUGCACGACUGGCAGAUGUCGAGUCUCGGAACGAGCAAAUGCGUCUGGAACUGGCUGAAGCGAAGUCCAGUGCUUCUUCCCAACCCAAGGCAUCUUUGGAGGACGACCCCGACUAUAUGAGAAUGCGAUCCGAGAACUCUUCCCUCAUACGAAAGCUCGACAGCACAAGAUUAGAGAAAGAAAGUCUCAAGAGAGAUCUGGAUACCAAGGUCCGAUCCACGGAGCGGGAGCUGAAUCUACUGAAGGAGGAGAAAGACUCGCUCAAAUCAAAAGUGCAGAAGUGGAGUGAUUACGACGAAGUGAAACAGGAACUAGAGGUGCUCAAGAGCAUUGAGUUCUCUACAGGCGACGAUGAUGACGAUAUGCCAACUGUCAAGGACGGUGAGACUGAGGCCGGCAACACACUGGAGAAGCUGCUCCUAGGUCGAAACAAAAAACUGGGUGACGAACUCACGGUACUCAGAGUUUCGCACCAAGACUUGCAAACAAGAUUGGAGGAUCUGCAAGAAGAAAUGUCCAAGACGAACGCUGAUCUUGAGAGAUCUCACAACCUGAAUGAGAAGCUUGAACGAGACCUAGAGCAGAUGCAUGCGGAAGGUGCAAAUGCCUUCCCUUCUGGAGCUUCGGUCGCGGGAACAUAUGUCACACGAGCGCAGACCCGACGCGGUGGCAGAAUUUCACCAACCUCGUCAAUCAUCAGUGGAUUAGACCCUCGCGGAGGCGGUGAAAGAGAACCAAUGGGCGGAGGGUCUGGUAUCUUGCCCAUGGUAACAGCCCAGCGAGAUCGGUUCAAGCAGAAGAACGUACAACUGGAGAAGGAUGUUUCAGAGAGCCACAAGACAGUACAGCAGCUACGGCAAGAGGUGGCAGCACUGCAAAAGGAUAACCUGAAUUUGUAUGAAAAGACGCGAUACAUUUCGACAUACAAUCGCUCAGGCGCAACAUCCUCCUCUGCGACCGCCUAUGGGGAAAAUCCAAACCCAUCUACGGUGGCCAUUGGAGGCACCGGGACUCCGGGCAUGGCCAUGGAUAGAUACCGUGCAGCAUACGAGUCAAACAUCUCACCCUUUGCUGCGUUCCGCGGACGGGAAUCCGCGCGAGCCUAUCAACGCAUGAGCCUGCCCGAGCGGGCCGUGUACUCUAUUACACGAAUGGUGCUGGCGUCGCGCAGCAGCAGGAACCUGUUUGCAGCAUAUUGCGUGGCACUACACCUGCUAGUUUUUAUGUGCCUGUACUGGCUUGGUGCGUCGGACCUGGAGAAGCACGCGGGCAGCUUGGGCGCCACAUCAGCGGCCGCGGGCGGCGCUGCAGCCAAGGGUGCAGCAAAUGGUGGCAAGUGGAAGGAAGAUGGCUUCGCGGGUAGCUAA